UCCAUUUCACCUUCGGUGCCGCUGUUACCGAGCGCGCUGUCUCGCCGUGUAGCUGUGAGGGGUUUUCGGGAGACGCUGCUGGUUUGAGAUUUGAGUUUGAGAGGAGGGCGGCAGCGGCGCCAGGAGAAUGGCUCUAAUGUUGGGGCCGCUCUCGGCGGCUGCUGCGCGGCCUGUGCGGCUCGGAGUGACGAUUUUAAGGAGUCUAACUUCACAGCAGCGCUUCAGCUCAGUCGCUGCUGCUGCGAGGCGGAAACUUUUCUCUCCCGGCUACAGGACUGCCUGUUUACAUCUGUAUCUCCCCCAGGGUUUGUCACUGAACCACAUCAGUCCGCUGUCCACUGUAAAUAACUUCUUGUCCCCAUCCAUACUUUACUCAAGCGAUCCUUCAAAAGAUGGUAAACCUGGUGGAUCAGAGCCUCAGUCGAGUAGGGGAGGAGGAGGGAAAAAAGGAGGAAAGAAGGAUUGGAAAAGCCGAUUACAACAGGGUGACGUGCCGUGGGAUGAUAAAGAUUUCCGCUAUAUGGCGAUCACAUUGGGAGGUGUUGCAUCUGUCCUGCUCUACUUGUACCUCCGUGAUCCAGGCAAAGAAAUCACGUGGAAAGAUUUUGUCCAUCGCUACCUGGGCAGAGGACUAGUUGACCGUUUGGAAGUUGUGAACAAGCAGUUUGUGAGGGUCAUUCUUGUUCCAGGUGCAGACACAGAUGGAAGCUAUGUGUGGUUUAACAUUGGCAGUGUUGACACAUUUGAGAGGAAUCUGGAGGCUGCCCACUAUGAGCUCGGUCUUGAGCCGUCCCACAGAGCGGCAGUAGUGUACAGCUCAGAGAGUGAUGGGUCUUUUCUUAUGAGCAUCAUUCCCACCUUGUUGCUGAUUGGCUUUUUGCUCUUCACACUACGACGAGGGCCAAUGGGUGGAGGUGUAGGGGGAGGAAGGGGGCCUUUCAGCAUGAAUGAAUCCACUGCAAAGAUGAUGAAGGACAACAUAGAUGUGAAGUUUAAAGAUGUGGCUGGGUGUGAGGAGGCAAAACUGGAGAUCCUAGAGUUUGUCAACUUUCUGAAGAACCCACAGCAGUACCAGGACCUCGGUGCUAAGAUCCCUAAGGGUGCUGUACUGUCAGGUCCCCCUGGAACAGGGAAGACUCUGCUGGCCAAAGCCACUGCUGGAGAAGCAAACGUUCCCUUCAUUACUGUCAAUGGUUCAGAGUUCCUGGAGAUGUUUGUGGGAGUUGGACCAGCAAGGGUGAGGGACAUGUUUUCUAUGGCCAGAAAGAAUGCUCCCUGCAUCCUUUUCAUUGAUGAGAUUGAUGCAGUUGGUAGGAAGAGAGGUGGAGGGAAUUUGGGGGGUCAGAGUGAACAGGAGAACACCCUCAACCAGCUACUUGUGGAAAUGGAUGGUUUCAACACUAGUACUAAUGUCGUGGUCUUGGCUGGCACAAACAGACCUGACAUUCUGGACCCUGCUCUGAUGCGACCUGGAAGAUUUGACAGACAGAUUUACAUAGGUCCGCCUGAUAUAAAAGGCAGAGCUUCCAUCUUCAAGGUUCACCUGAGGCCUCUUAAACUGGACCCAGGUCUGGACCGAGAUGCCCUCGCUAGGAGAAUGGCUGCUUCUACCCCUGGUUUCACAGGAGCUGACAUUGCAAAUGUGUGUAAUGAAGCAGCACUCAUUGCUGCCAGGCAUCUCAGUGAGGCUGUAAAUGCCAAACACUUUGAACAGGCUAUUGACAGAGUGAUCGGAGGGCUGGAGAAGAAGACGCAGGUCUUGCAGCCCACUGAGAAGAAAACAGUAGCAUAUCAUGAGGCUGGUCAUGCUAUAGUGGGUUGGUUCCUUGAGCAUGCUGACCCACUGCUCAAGGUGUCGAUUAUUCCACGUGGGAAGGGUCUAGGCUAUGCCCAGUACCUCCCCAAAGAACAGUACUUGUAUACACGGGAGCAGCUGUUUGACAGGAUGUGUAUGAUGCUGGGUGGCCGUGUAGCUGAGCAGGUCUUCUUUGGCAGAAUCACCACUGGAGCUCAGGAUGACCUGAAGAAGGUCACCCAAUCCGCGUAUGCACAGAUAGUGCAGUUUGGGAUGAGUGAAAAGGUGGGACAGGUGUCGUUUGAUCUGCCACGGCAGGGUGAAAUGGUCUUAGAGAAGCCCUACAGUGAGGCCACAGCAGAAUUGAUUGAUGAAGAGGUCAGAGAGUUGGUGGACAAAGCUUACCAAAGAACUCUGAAACUCAUCACAGAGAAACGUGAAUUAGUUGAGAUGGUAGGAAAGCGUCUUCUGGAAAAGGAGGUCUUGGACAAAGCAGACAUGUUGGAGCUGCUCGGUCCCAGGCCAUUUGAGGAGAAAUCUACCUACGAGGAGUUUGUGGAGGGCACAGGCAGCUUUGAGGAGGACACAAGCCUACCAGAAGGGCUAAAAGACUGGAACCAGGAAAAGGGGAAGAACCAGGAGGAGCCAUCAGCCUCCCAAGAGAAACAGGCAGCUUAAAGCCCCACAAUACCUCUGUCUUACCUGGCUCAGGUGUUAAUAGUAUUGAGCUGGCUUACCUUUUAUAUAGGGAAGGAGGAUUUCUGCAUUUCACAUUUACCAAAAAUGUGAACAUGGGGUUUAUUACAAUAUUUGCCUUAACCAGCACUGGUGGCAUAUAUUAUGCCUAGUAAACCACAAAACCUGGUCUGUAUACAAUUUUACAUUUCAGUUUAGAUAUACAGCCUUAGUGAUAUUUAAUAUCAAGAGUUUUAAGAGUUACAUUAUUGACCAAUACAAACAAUGUGGAUUUCUUCUCCCCUUAUGAGAGGGGAAGAGUGCUGUAUAUUUGUAUAAACUGGCUAUUGUGUAAAUGUUUUGACAUUUAUAUUUCACAUACAUUGUGCUUAUUUAAUUAAAUGAGUUGAUUUCCCAAAAACAAA